AUGGAGCGUAGCGGAGUGGAGGACCUCACGCUCCGCCUGACGGAAGCGCUCAACGACGCGAUCGCGAAGCGUCCCGCAGAGCCGCUCGCGGCGAUGGCCGCCUUUCUUCGGUCACACGCGGACGCGCCGCCCGGCGAGCCGAUCGACUCGGUGGCCGGCGCAACCCUCCUUCCCGAGGUGACCUCCUACCUCGAGGAGCAUCGCAUCCGAGAGGAGCUCGAGGAGAUGAUCAACGGGCUGCGUUCGAACGGCUCCUCUGGCGCCGCCAGCCUCGUCGGUCCCGCGGCCGACGCGCUCGCCGCGCCGCGCCGCGCCUUCCGCACCACCGCCGAGGUGCGGUCCGCCUUCAUCGACUUUUUCGCGGACAAGGCGGCGCACUCGCGGUGGCCGUCGUCGCCGGUGGUGCCGCACGACGACCCGACGCUCCUCUUCAUCAACGCGGGCAUGAACCAGUUCAAGCCCCUCUUCCUCGGCCAGUGCAAGGAGGGGACGGCAAUGUCCAAGCUCAAGCGCGCGGCCAACUCUCAAAAACGGUGCAAUUCCUGUGCCAUGAUCCCCGCGCCGGGCAGCCUCGUCGCGCUGCGGCAAGCCGCCGCUGCUCACCAGCGUGCCGAAGAGGAGAGGCUGGCCGCCGCCUUGGAGCGGGAGGCGGCGAAGGUCAGGGAGCUGGAGGAGCUGGUCGCGGCUGCCGAAGAGCUGACCGAUGUGGAGCAAGGAUUCGAGCAGCUCCGCAGCGAGAACGCCACGCGCCGCGAACUUCACAGCGCUGCGCUGCUCGCAGUAUGCCGCAAAGCGAUCACACGCGUGCCUCGGCUCGCCGCUGUGAUGACAGCCGAGCAGGCGUUGGCAGAUCCCGAGCGUGUGCUGGCAUGGCUUCUCAGCGCGGCGGGCACGGCGCCUCCGACAGCGCCUGCUGCGGGCUUGAUUCCCCCGACACCGCCCACCCUGCCGGCCACACCGGUCGCGACGGGAGGCGCCCUCGAGCUGGGCUCUGGCGCGUCCCUCUGGCAGCGAGGGCAGCGCUUCGUCUCGACCGAGGCAGCUGAGCAGGCGGAGGAGGGUUCGUGCUCUGGGGCGGCGGCGCCUUCGCGGUGGCCAGGGCUGAUGGACGAGGCGAGGCCCCCGGCCCGCGAGGCCGCCAGCUCCGACGCUCCACCCCCGAAGCGCACGCGCUACACGGAGACGUGCUGGGGCGACGUCGUCUCGGGCGGCGCGCUGGGCUGCGAGGCGCUGCCUCCGCAGGCGUCGACCGCCGCCUUUCGCGAGAGGUUCUGCGGGGGCUGCCGGCAGCGGGGCGUGUUUGUGCCGGCGUCGAGGGUGCGCAUGCCCAUCGGCGCGGGCUCCGACGAGAUCGCCAACCGCCACGGGCGCGGCUUCUGGAACGAGCCGUCCCGAACCUCGCGCUUGCCUGCGCACCGCGUCGUGAACCAGACGUCCGACUGCCCGGGCCCGACGCUCGUGAUCCUCAAGGACGAGCUUCCGGUCCCGCUGCCCGGCCUGGCCGAGGCCGCCGCGCUGUCCACCUCCGGCGGCUGGGUCGCCUUCUCGGUCGGCCGCACGCUCAAGAGCAAGGUGGCUCUGCCGUGGGCCGCUGCGAUUCCUCUCUUGCCGGCCCCGCCGCCCGAGCGCGACACUCCUGAGGCUCGCACCGCAUCAGCCCAGGGGCGUGUCGAGGGGUUUGCGGCGGCGGCGCAGGCGGGCGAGGCGUCUGGGUCUGCGUUGGAGGCCGGCCUCGCGCCCUUCCUCGCGGAGAUCUCGCUCGCUCUCGGCCCGCUCGCCGAGGCCGGCGCGCCGCCGCCGCCGGGGCCCGACGAGAUGACGUGGCACUUCGGGGGCGGCAGCCCCAUCGACGAUCUGCUUCUCUCUGGCUCCGCGACACCGCCGCUGCUGCAGACGCGUCCGGCUCCGGGGGCAAGCGUGCCGCCGCCCUCCAUGCCGCCCUCCAUGCCAAGGAGGCGUGCGCAGGCGUGCCGAGGUCUCGCGACGGCACUCAGCCCUUCGCUGGGCGUGUGGGACGCCGGGUACGACGAGCACGGCUUCUGGUCCGUCGAGGCUGCCCGCGCGGCGCGCGACGCGGCGGCGGCGCUUGCGCUGGACGCCGCCGACGGCGGCGCGGGGGCGGCGCGGGGGCGGCAGGCGCGGGGGCGGCAGCCGGCCCAGCGGGUCGCGGCCCUCCGCCCCCGCGGCGUCGUUGGAGGGCGAGCACCUCGAGUACCUACGGCGGCGGGGUGCGCCGUGGGGCGAGCCGCCCGUCGCGGGCGCCGCCGCGCCGCCGGAAGGGGCGAGGCGGCGAGCGAGGAUCGUCGACUUUUGGCCGGGGGGCGCUCUCGACACUUACCGGCUGAGGUCACGUCGUCGGGCGCGUCGACGGGCUGGUUGGCCAUGGUCCGCACGGCGGGGCGGCUGCGCCGCCAGGACUCGCGCGUCGCUGCACGCGGCCUGCAGAAGGAAUGA